AUGGGCUUGCUCGAUGAAUGCGAAGAGCUCUUUGGCUCUGAAAAUCUUUUUGAAAUUUUCAAAAUAGAGGAACCUAAGACCGCGACCGAGUCGCAAAUCAAAAAGGCCUACUACAAACUCAGUCUCAAAUACCAUCCAGACAAGGCGAACGAAAAUGAGAGAGAGGCUCAUACGAAAAAGUUUCAAGUUCUCUCCAAGAUUCAUCAGAUUUUGAGUGACAAGCAAAAACGAGAGCUUUACAUUGAGACGGGCGAAAUCGAUGACGAUGGACCUGGCCUUGAUCCCGACUCAGACUGGGUCGACUACUGGAGACAGCUCUACCCGAAAAUUACGCUCGAACAGAUCAAUAAGUUCACAGAAGAUUACCAAGGCUCCGAAGAAGAGCGAACUGAUCUUUUGGAUGCUUACAAAAAACACAAGGGAAAGAUGGGCAAAAUCAUGGAGGAGAUCCCCGCCUCCACUUUUGAAGACGAAGACCGUUUUGCGGAAAUCAUCAAACAGGCGAUCAAAGACAAGGAAGUGAAAUCCUACAAGGCGUUUACAAACGAGUCCGCUGCAUCAAAGAAGGAGCGUCGAGAUGCUGCGCUAGAAGAAAAAGAAGAAGCCGAACAACAUGCCAACGACCUUGGAAUCGGAAAAACCAAUAACACCGAUGAUCUGGCGGCGAUGAUUCUUGCUAGAGGAAAAGCGCGCACAUCAUUCCUUGACGAUCUUGAAGCGAAAUACGCUCCCAAGCCUAAGAAGGGAAAGGCUGGCAAAGAGAACAAGGCAAAAGCCAAGAAGACCCGCGCCAAAAAGACAUAA